AUGUCCAUCCAGAUUUCUCAGCAGGCACCCUGGAGGAACAACAACGUCAGUUUUCUGAGCAGAGAGGCAGCAGUAACAGAGCAAGGAGAGACUAUCAUAGGUUUCUACCUACUGGGUUUGGGUUGGCUGUCUUGGUUUGGAAACAGCAUUGUGAUUUUUGUCCUGUAUAAACAAAGACAUGUUCUGCAGCCCACUGACUACCUCACGUUUAACUUGGCAGUGUCAGAUGCCAGUAUCUCUGUCUUUGGUUAUUCACGAGGGAUCAUUGAAAUCUUCAAUGUCUUCAGAGAUGAUGGAUUCAUUAUCACAUCAAUAUGGACCUGCCAGAUUGAUGGCUUUCUGACACUUCUCUUUGGCCUGGCCAGCAUCAAUACCCUUACAGUAAUCAGUGUGACUCGGUACAUCAAAGGCUGCCAUCCUGAGAGAGGUCACUGCAUCAGCAACAGCAGUAUGACAGUGGCUCUGGUUCUCAUUUGGGUAGCAGCUUUCUUCUGGUCAGCAGCUCCAUUACUUGGCUGGGGCAGUUAUACAGAUCGCAUGUAUGGCACAUGUGAGAUAGACUGGGCAAAAGCCAACUUCUCAACAAUCUACAAGUCCUACAUUGUCUCCAUUUUUAUCUGCUGCUUUUUCUUACCUGUCACUGUCAUGGUCUUCUCAUAUGUGUCAAUUAUCAAUACUGUCAAGCUAAGCCAUACAUUAGCAGGACUAGGUGAUCCCACAGACAGGCAGAGGAGAAUGGAACGGGAUGUCACCAGGGUUUCUAUUGUCAUUUGCACAGCCUUUAUUAUUGCAUGGUCACCAUAUGCUGUCAUCUCCAUAUGGUCUGCCUAUGGCCACCCUGUGCCCAAUCUCACCAGCAUCCUUGCCAGUUUGUUUGCUAAGUCUGCCAGUUUCUACAACCCCAUUAUCUACUUUGGAAUGAGCUCCAAAUUUCGGAGGGACAUUUUCAUCCUGUUCCAUUGUGCCAAGGAAGUCAAGGACCCUGUGAAGCUGAAGCGUUUCAAAAACCUCAAGCAAAAACAGCAAGAGCCCCAUCAGAAAGAAGAGAAGUAUGCAGGAGUCGUACACCCUGCACCAAGCCCUGAUUCUGGGGUGGGAACUCCAACCAACACCCCACCUCCACCAAAUAGGGAAGUGUAUUUUGGUAUUCUGGAUACACCAUCUAACAACCCUGAUAUUGAAUGUGAUAGACUGUAA